AUGGGGCCUUUGAAUACGAUCUCCGCCCUUUACUUGUUCAUUCUCUUCGCUAGAACAGCUGUUAUAGGCGGGGAAGGAUCUACGCGACAGAGAGAGAAAAAUUCAAUAGGAACUAUCGGACCAAAAACCUAUACGAGGAGAUUCUCCGCAUUUCAACGGCUUUGCUGCGGUAUUGGUGAAGCGGUGUACCACGAGUGGUGGAAGCAGCCGACCUAG